AUGGAUGCCAUGAAGGAAGAGGACAUCUGUGACUUUCUACCAGAGCAUUUGUCUGCAGACAUAAAGGAGGAGGACAUCUAUGACUUUCAACCAGAGCAUUUGACUACAGACAUGAAAGCUCCAUCACAACAGGCAUUAUCUCUGAAGGCGAUUAAAGAGGAGGACAUUUAUGAUUUCCCUCCAGAGCAUUUGUACAGAACUAAGGAGGAAGAGAAUGAAACUGACACAUUGGACAUGAAAGAAGAAGCCCUGGACAUGAAAAAGGAACCAGAGUCUUCUCGAAUGGAACACAAUGCACACUUGGCUCCAACAGGUGAACACCAAAAAGCUAAUAUUAACACAGUAAUAACCCAUACUGGAGAAAGGCCUUACCAGUGUGCUAUAUGUUUAAAAGACUUUGCCAGGAGAUUUGAACUCCAGCGGCAUCAAAUAACCCACACUGGGGAAAGACCUUACCAGUGUGCUACAUGUGGAAAAGGCUUUACACUGAAAGAUUACCUCAUCACCCAUCAGAGAACCCAUACUGGAGAAAAACCAUAUCAGUGUUCAACAUGCGGUGCAGCUUUUUCACACCGCAUCUCGUUAUCUAGUCACCAGAAAAAACAUACAGGGGAAAGGCCCUACCAGUGUGCUAUAUGUGGAAAAGGCUUUAACCAGAAAUUUGCCCUCAACCAGCACCAUCAGAGAACCCAUACUGGAGAGAGGCCUUACAAGUGUCCUACAUGUGGAAAAGGCUAUACAACGAAAAGUAACCUCAUUGCCCAUCAAAUAACCCAUACUGGUGAAAAGCCUCACCAGUGUACUACAUGUGGAAAAGACUUUGCCAGGAAAGGUGACCUCAUCACCCAUCAGAGAAUCCAUACUGGGGAAAGGCCUUACCAAUGUGCUACAUGUGGAAAAGGCUUUACACAGAAAAGUAACCUCAUUACCCAUCAAAUAACCCAUACUGGAGAAAAGCCUCACCAGUGUACUACAUGUGGAAAGGACUUUGCCAGGAAAGGUGACCUCAUCAUCCAUCAGAUAAUCCAUACUGGGGAAAGGCCUUACCAGUGUGCUACAUGUGGAAAAGGCUUUAAUCAGAAAUUUGCCCUCAGCCAGCACCAGAGAAUCCAUACUGGAGAAAAGCCUCACCAGUGUGCCACAUGUGGAAAAGGCUUUACACAGAAAGGUGACCUCAUCAAGCAUCAGAGAACCCAUACUGGAGAAAAACCAUAUCAGUGUUCAACAUGUGGAAAAGGCUUUAUAAGGAAAAGUACUCUCAACAGGCAUCAGAGAACCCAUACUGGAGAAAAGCCUUAUCAGUGUACUACAUGUGGAAAAUAUUUUGCACGUAAAGAUGAACUCAUCACCCACCAGGAAAUCCACAUUGACAACAAUUAACAGCAGUGCAGAAGUCUGUGAAGAGCAUCUGCAAGUUGAGACUGGAGAACAAGACCUGUUGCACUGUGUUCCAUCUGCAUGUUGUAUAGGAAUCAUACUUGUUGUGAAUUCAGUUCUAUUGUACAUUUAGCUACUG